AUGAUAAAUCAGCCGAACUCAAUUAUUGAAUUACCUUUCUAAGUUUCUACAAGUCAUAUCUUAGACUUAUUUAUUAGCUGCACGAAAAAGAAGUAAAGUUUUUAAAUUAUGAUAUUAGAUAAUAUCAAAUAUUGGAGAAGGAUUCAAAUUAGAUUAUAGCAAUUAAGGAAAAUGUAGCAGUGAUUAAGAAUACUGUAAAAAGGUUGGUUUGCAUGUAAGAAAACACUUUUGAGUAAAUUUGUUUGGUUAAAAUCUAAAUUGAUACAAAUUAAGUCAAAUGUGUCAGAGUAGUUUCCAUAAGAGGGAUCACUGGACAUUAUGAGGAAAAUUAAGAGUUGAUUAACUAUUUCUUAUCUAAGAUUGAUAAAUUACGCAAUAAGAAAACAUAAGAUCAAAACAUGAUGAAUGAAGCAUCUGAAUUUGUUGGAAUUGUGAAUGUUUCCGAAGAGAUGGAAAACCCUGCCAAUCAAAACCCGUAUUAUUUAGAAACAAGUGCUUAUUAUAUGUUUCACAAGUUGUUGUGUGCUUCAAAUUAUGGGCUUGGGAAAAAAGUAGCAGAAUAUAUUCAAAAAUUAUAAGGCAAUCUUUCUAAUGACUAAACUAACAUUAAAUAAAAUGUUCAAUAAUUGAAUGCAUUCAUUAAUCAAAUCGUUGAGACAUUAUUUCAAUCUUUCAAUUUCGGGAAACAAGAAACUACUUAAAUUAUGCCUUAUUGCAAGAUUUCAAUUGAAAAGUAUUUCUAUCUGAAGUUAUCUCAUUGCAUUUUGCCACAAUAUUAAAACAUGUUCAAAUAGCAGAAUGAAUUGUUCAGAUCUAAGAAGAUUGACAGGAACAACACAUAGACCAAAAGUGAUCUACACAAGGAUCUCUAGAUUCCAGAAUUCAAUGCUUAACAAUCAAUACGAAUUGCAGAAGCCUUAAAUGAAUUAGAUAAAAUUGAGUAUAUGAGUUAUCCAAGGGAAAAGUUGAGGUGCUUACAAUUGAUGAAUGCCAUCCUUAAAGGUUCUCUUCAUAAUAUUAUUGCAUAGCUAUUAACUCUGGUUUGAUUGAUUAAUUGGUGAAGUACUGUUUGGUUUUGAGUAAUGUAGAUCAUCCAUUCUCAGAAAUUUAAUUACUCAUAGAUUCAACAAGUUCACAAGAUAGGCAAUUCCUGAAUAAAAUUAAUGUAUUAAAUCAUUUAAUUGUAGCAUCAACUAGAAGAAAUAAUCAGUUCUUGA